AUGGGGGUGUUUGUGGGGACCAGUGCUCAGCCCUGGGGGCUGGUUUUCUGGGUGAUGCUUGUCUCCGUGGGGCUGGUUUUGGGGGUGAUGCUCAGGCUCGCUGUUGGUCCACACAAUCCACAGGAAAAAUACCACUGUUUUCCUCACCCCAAAGAUUUCCCCACCAAGUAAACCCAGGCAUCUGAGCACAUCUUCCUCCACUGGGCAUCCAGUUGGAGGAACAGAGCUCUCUGGUUCUCAUCCCAGCUGCCUCCACCAGGCUUCGCUGCUGUCCCUGAGGGGGUGCGAGGCAAGGGAGGCGGGCGCAGGCGCCCACUGCCCCAACCUGCCGAGGCUCGUCCUCUUCCAGCAGGACUUUCAGGUUCCCGCAGUCGCGGCGGAGCCACGCAGGGUGGUUGGGCUGGGCCGGGCUGCAGCGAGCCCAGCACGAGCCGGGCUGGGAGCGGCAGCACGGCCACGCUGCCGCUGGAUCCAGGGCAUGGGCCCACAGGAGUCUCGUGGCCACAGCCCCCAGGGCACAGGCUCUUGCCUGAUGCCCAUGCUCCAGGGGUGGAGGUGAGCGGCUCUGUCCUCGCCUGCCAGACAGGGAUGGUGGUGGGACCCUCUUGUGGCGCAUCCCUGCCGCCCCCCGCCAUGCCCGCCGCCCUUCGCCUUCUCUGUGGGGUGGUGGUGCCGGCUGCCAUGCUCUGCGCAGAGCCCCUGCCCCGCGUCACCUUCCCCAGCGGGGACCCUCGGCGGACCCUCACCCACUUCACCAAGGAUAACGUCUCCCAUUAUGACAUCUUCUUACUGGAUGAGAGCAAGGAGGAGCUGUAUGUGGGGGCACGUGACUGGGUGCUGGCCCUCACUGUUGGCACCCCUGGUAGCAUCCGUGUCAAAGCCUCGAUAAUGUGGGGACCCACAGACGAGAAAACCUCUGAAUGUGCUUUUAAGAAGAAGAGCCAAGAGACUGAGUGCUUCAACUUCAUCCGAGUCCUGGUGGCCCUGAACCAGACCCACCUCUAUGUCUGUGGGACCUAUGCCUUCAGCCCCACGUGUACCUACAUUCACCUGGAAAACUUCACACUGGUGUCCAGUGGCAGAGGACAACCCUUCCUGGACGGGAAGGGCCAGUGCCCCUUUGACCCCCAGCACACCUACACAGCCCUGCUGGUGGAUGGAGAGCUCUACACUGGCACCAUGAACAACUUCCAGGGCAAUGAGCCCAUCAUCUCCCGCUCAUUGGGCACCCGCACCUUGCUGAAGACAGACGCCUUCCUCCGCUGGCUCUCAGCCGAUGCUGCCUUCGUGGCCUCCUUCAGCAUCCCUGGGGACGACAAGGUCUAUUUCUUCUUUGAGGAGACAGCAGACGAGUUUGACUUCUUUGAGCGGCUCCUAGUGCCGCGGGUGGCCCGUGUCUGCAAGAGCGAUGUAGGGGGGGACAAGGUGCUGCAGAAGAAGUGGACAACUUUCCUGAAGGCGCAGCUGGUGUGCUCCCAAGCUGGCCGCUUCCCCUUCAAUGUCAUCCACCAUGCCUUUGUCCUGCUCCGCCACGACGGCCGUGCCGACUUCUACGCCGUCUUCACCUCGCAGUGGCAGGUGGGCAGGGCAGGCAGCGCCGCCGUCUGUGCCUACAGACAGGAGGAUCUGGAGAAGGUCUUCGAGGGCAAGUACAAGGAGCUGAACAAGGAGAGCUCUCGCUGGACUGUCUACAGUGGCCCCGAUAUGAGUCCUCGGCCUGGCAGCUGCUCCAUGGGUCCCUCCUCAGACAAAGCCCUCACCUUCAUGAAGGACCAUUUCCUGAUGGACGGGAAGGUGUCACCCAUCCAGGGGCGGCCUCUCCUGGUGAAGUCCAACGUCACCUACACACACAUCACAGUAGAUGAGACUCGUGGGGUCUCGGGGACCAUGUAUCGUGUCAUGUUCCUGGCCACAGCCGAGGGUCUCCUGCACAAGGCAGUGGAGCUGCGUGAGGGUCCCCACAUCGUGGAGAGCAUCCAGCUCUUUGAAAUGCCAGAGCCAGUGAAGAACCUGCUGCUGGCCCCAGGGAAGGGCAUGCUCUAUGUGGGCUACUCCAGAGGUGUCCUGCAGAUCCCGCUGGCCAACUGCAGCUUGCACCAGAGCUGUGCCGAGUGUGUGCUGGCACGGGAUCCUUACUGUGCCUGGCACAGCACCAAGGGCUCCUGCCAGCCUGCCCGCCUCGCUACCGAGGACAUGAGUGCGUGGCUGCAGGAUGUUGAGACGGGGAGCCCGGUCACCGCAUGCCACCAUGGGAGGAGUACAGCCAUGCCCCGAUCCUGGGGGCCACCAGAGGAUCCCAGCAUACAGGGGCUCAGCCCCCAGCUGAACACCGUAGUCCAGCUGCCGUGCCCCUGCCAAUCCGCACUGGCCACCUACAGCUGGCAGCAGCCCAGCAGUGCCCAGGGGCACACGGUGCUGCUGCCUGACCACACGCUGGUGGUCAUCAUGCAGCAGGGAAUGGCUGGCACCUACAAGUGCCAGGCAACAGAGAAUGGCUACACCUGGACCGUGGCUCACUACCAGCUUAGGAACUCUGGCAGGGGAACCCUGGGGGAUGUGCUGGAUGAAGAGGAGUUGGCUUGGGGGUCCUCGGGCCCUGGCACCCCCCAGUCAUACUGGCCAGGUUUUGUCACAGUAACGGUGCUGCUGGCGGUGACGCUGACCGUGGCUGCCUGCCUGGCCCUCCUCACCUACCGUGACCAGCUCAAAGCUCGGAGCAAGGUGCGGGGCUGCAGCACACCCCACAGCCCCCCAUCUCGCCACCGGGAGAAGGUGCCCCUCAAUGGGGGCACCAGAGAGCCCCCAGCACCUGGAGCUGCCACCGAGGAGGAAGAGGAGGAUGAAGGCUCCCGCGCUUGCUGCCUCCAGCUUGAUGGGGACAUCGACAUUGACAACAACCGACUCCAUGUGCCAACAGGGGACAUGGCGUGACACUGCCAGCGGGUCAGGGACACCCUGGGGGAGGGGGGAUAUGGGGAGGGGUGUGAAUGUGAAAGCAUUUUCAGUUUUGUUUCUUUGUUUGUUUUUUUUGUUUGUUUGUUUUUUGUUGUUGGUGGGGUUUUUUGUUGUUGUUGUUUUUUGUUUUUUUUUUUUUUUUUAUUUAAUACACCUAUUUUAACCUAAGGUUCACAUUUUGGGGCAGGGGGCAGAAUGGGCCCUGAGAGCAGCAGGGGUGGACUGGGGCAAGUGAGUGGGAUGGGGAUAGACUGGAGGGAAAAGGUCGUUUGGACAUGCAAAGGAUGUGGCUCAGAGGAGAAAUGUGGCUGUGGGGCAAGGGUGUGGGGUGGGGAUGGCUGGAAAUGGUGGAUGCUGACACUGGUAUUACCACAGGGAAAUAAUCCAGCUUCAAUAAAAACCUCAACAUGGGGCAAGCUGUGCUCAAUGGGCUCCGUAAGCCAACCCCAUGGGCACUCACACUGCACUGACACCCAUCCCUCAACGCUGCAUGAU